CGUUUCCGCUUCCUUGGUCUUUCUCCUCCUCUCCUUUCCCGUCCUCGAUCUCCGCUCUUAGAGGACACGAGCGAGUCCCGGGUUUGAUGGUGGCAGGAUGUUGGCUUCUAGGGCAUUUAGCCUUCUUGGCAAACGGGCCAUUUCCACUUCAGUCUGUGUAAGAGCCCAUGGGCAUGGAGUUGCGAAAGCGGAGGAUUACUCUAUGCCGGCCUAUUUUGACCAACAAACUAUUCCUUUGCCUGAGGUUGCAUAUACAAAAAUCCUCUCCUCUGAGCAGAAGGCCCUGAAGGAAAAGGAGAAGGCGUCGUGGAGUGCUCUUUCUGUGGACGAGAAGGUUGGAUUGUACCGCAUCAAAUUCCAUGAAAGCUUUGCAGAAAUGAACAAGGGAUCGGCCGAAUGGAAGACUGUUCUAGGUGGGGUGUUGUUCGUCAUUGGCUUCACUGGCUUUGUAAUCAUCUGGCACAGGGCAUAUGUUCUUGGGCCGAUCCCUCACACUUUCACGGACGAGUGGAAGGCCAUGCAGACCAAAAGAAUGCUGGAUUUGAGGAUGAACCCAGUUCAAGGCUUUGCGGCGAAGUGGGACUACGACAAGAACGAAUGGAAAAAAUAAAAGCACUCCAGAGAUUGCCACUCCUGUUCUCGCUUGAAAUUCUGAAAUGAUUCCGUCAUCUCCAUGUGGUCUUGCUGCUUCUGUAUAUGGGGAAACACCCCCCCCUCAUUGAGCAAGAAUCUUAAUAAAUGUCUGGUUUACUUGAAA